CACAGCAAAACGCUCCGGUUCCCGAAGUCACUCUGCCUGCUGAGCCGGCGCCUUUCCCGCUUGUCUGUAUUUUGUAGCGCGCAGGGACCAGUGUCCCGUCCGGACACUGCCACCGGGGCAUGGGACACUCCGUCUCGGGGGCGGGGCUCCGCUGGUUCGAUUGAUGGCGGCGGCGUGGCGGUGAUCCAUUCCGCGCCGCACAACGGCUGUCGUUCCCAUCCUUUCCUGCCGGGUGCAUUCCCCGCACACAGAUACGGCUGUCGUUCCCAUCCUUUCCCGCCGGGUACAUCACCGGCGCGGCUACGGCUGUCGUUCCUUUCCCCCUUUUCCGCCGGGUCUAUCCCUGGCACAGGUGCGGCUGUCGUUCCCCUCCUUUCCCGCCGGCUCCAUCCCCGCACCCAGGUUUAUUUGUUUAUGAGAUUAAUGCCAUGUUUCCAGUCUGCUGCCUGUGAAGUGUCCUAAAAGCAUGGAGAACUUUGUUUUGUAUGAGGAGAUUGGAAGAGGAAAUACGACAAUUGUUUAUAAAGGUAGAAGAAAAGGGACAAUUAAUUUUGUUGCCAUUAUUUGCACUGAUAAAUGCAAGAGAGCUGGAGUAGCAAACUGGGUUCGUCUGACUCAGGGACUCAAACAUAAGAAUAUAGUGACAUUUUAUGAAUGGUAUGAAACAAGCAACCAUCUCUGGCUUGUAGUGGAAUUAUGCACAGGUGGCUCUCUAGAAUCUGUCAUUGCUCAGGAUGAAUGUCUACCAGAAGAUGUGGUGAGAGAAUUUGGUAUUGAUCUGGUUACUGGUUUAUACCAUAUUCAUAAGCAUGGAAUUAUCUAUUGUGAAUUGAAGCCUGGAAAGAUUCUACUGGAAGGGUCUGGCACUUUGAAAUUCAGUAGUUUUUGCCGGGCUAGAGCAGAUGGUGAAGACUUGGAAAAAGUUUUUACUUUAGCUGGAGCUGAAGAAGGUGAAGAUAUUAAUGAAAACACUGUGCAAAUAUACUUUAAAAAUAUAGUUCAAGGCUUUCCAUUAUACACAGCUCCUGAAGUAAUAAAGGGAGACAACUUCUGCAAAGCCAGUGAUCUGUGGUCCCUGGGAUGUUUACUCUAUGAAAUGUUCUCAGGAAAACCACCAUUCCUGUCAGAAAGCCGUUCUGAAUUAAUUGAAAAGAUUUUAUCUGAAGAUCCAUUGCGACCAGGACCAGAGAGUAGGGUUCUGUUAUUCUUCAAUGGAUCAAGUCACAGUUCUGCUUUUCACAAACCUUCUGCUGAGUUUAUAAGUUUGCUUGAUGGGUUACUUCAAAAGGAUCCUCAGAAAAGGCUGAAUUGGACAGACCUAUUGCAGCAUCCAUUCUGGAAAGGAUCCUUUAGCCAUUGUGGUGGUGGUUCUGCAGACAGACAGGGCACAAGCUUGAGCAAAGAAGACACAGAGUUACCAGUUUCUUGUAGUGCCAAAGAGUCAGUGGAUGAUAAUGAAAAUCUAGAUAACCUGUCAUCCUCCAGGGAAGGUCUUAAAUCACCAAGCAAUUCUCUCAAAAUAGAAACUCAGACUGAAUUGCGGCCCAAAAGUGCAGCUGAUGGUGAAUCAAAUGAAUCCAUAUUUCUUCUCAGUUCUCGUCCCACACCUAGAACUAACACUGCAGUAGAAGUACGUGAUGCCACUACUGUCCCAAUAAAAAAUUCUUCACAAGGAGAUUCAUGGUUGAAAAAAGCUGAAAAUGUGUGCUCAAGUCAGCAGGAUAUGGAGUCAAAAUUGAAAGAGCUCAUUUACACUGAGUCUGAUCUUACUGUGACACCAAUCAUUGACAAUCCAAAGAUAAUGAAGCAAGUACCAGUUAGAUUUGACCCGAAAACUUUACAUAUACCAGCAUAUUCAGUUGAGAAGUUGUCAUCUAUGAAAGACGUGGACUGGAAUAACUUUGUGAAAAGACUGUGUUCCCUGCUUGAAUCCAGCGAGAAGAAUACAGGAGCAGCACGUUCUAAACUGAACUUACUGUACUAUCUGUGCACUUUGGUUGUCCACAAGGAGAUUGCAAACAGGCUAAUUAGCUCUCAGCUGUUUCCUAUAUUGAUACAGCAGUUGCGUGCAGCUGCCAACUGGGAUAUACGUGCUAACAUUGCUCGAGUGAUUGGUUUACUGGCGUUACACACAUCUGAACUUGAAGAAAAUGUACCUGUUUCUGAGGCAAUUACACUUUUAACUGAGCUAAUCAGAGAGAACUUCAGAAACAGCAAAUUGAAGCAAUGCUUUCUACCAGCACUUGGGGAGCUGCUUUUCCUCAUAGCCAGCAAGGAGGAAAAAGGGGAGCACCCCAGGGAAUGCUGGGCUGUUCCCUCAGCUGCUUACACUGUGCUAAUGAGGUGUCUUCGGGAAGGGGAAGAGCGGGUAGUGAACCAUAUAGCAGCAAAGAUAAUUGAAAAUGUUUGUACUACUCGUUCAUGCCAUGCACAAGGAUUUAUUACAGGAGAAAUUGGACCUGUCUUGUGGUACCUUUUCACACAUUCUACAGGAGAUUCUUUGAAGAUAACUCCUAUUUCGGCUUUGUGCAGAAUUACUCGUUCCUCACCGAACGCUUUCCAGAGUGUCAUUGAAAAAGUGGGAUUAACAGCUGUACUAAAUUCCUUGGCAAAUGGAAUGUGCAAAAUUCAGCAGUACAUGCUCACUAUGUUUUCAGCAAUGUUGUCCUGUGGAAUUCAUCUACAGAGACUAAUUCAAGAAAAGGAUUUUGUGACUACAAUUACUCGUCUACUUGAAAGUCCUUCAACUUUUAUUCGAGCAAAAGCCUUUCUGGUCCUGCUACAAGUUUUAAUUAAUAACAGGGAGAUGUUGCUCCUCAGUUGUCAAACAAGACUCCUGAUGUAUAUUGAAAGAGACAGCAGAAAGACCAUGCCAGGAAAAGAGCAGCAAGGUGGCAGUGAAUACCUGUCAAAAUGCCUGGAUCUUCUCAUCUAUCACAUUGUGCAGGAGCUGCCAGGAAUUCUAGGUGACAUUCUCAGUGCCCUAACUAACGUCUCUGGACGUAAACACCCAUCAACAGUUCAGGCCAAACAGCUGAAGAUGUGUCUUCCUAUGAUGCCUGUAGUGCUUCAUCUUGUGACAUCCCAGGUAUUUCGUCCCCAGAUAGUCACAAAGGAGUUUCUUUUCAACUAUGGCAUCUUACUUGAGUUCAUCAGAUCAAUAGACUCAGGAGAAACAAUCUUGGAUAGAGCAAUAGGGCAAGCUGCAUCAGAAGAAUUGAUUAAGACUACUUUAAUGACCUUUGGAGCAGUAACAGAGCAUCCCAGCUUGCUGAUGACCCAUCGCUUGACUGUUGAAGACUCUAUCAUCCCACCACUUGUUUCUUUGGUCCACAGUCAGAAUGAGGAAUGGAGACUCUUGAGCUUGCGGUUGCUCUCAGAAACCACAUCAGUGCUUUUAAGCCAUGAAGUCAUGGAUGAGGAGAAAGAGGAGAGCCUCAACUCAAACAACAAGCUUCUGUCUCUCAUUAGAGAUUUACUGCUGCCUCAGUAUGAGCACAUUCUGCUGGCUCCAGACCCAAUACCAAUGUAUGCUCUGAAACUGCUGGUGGCCCUGACUGACCGCAGCCCUGCUUCUGUGAGCCUCAUGGAAGAAAACCAUCUUUUUCCAGUUCUUUUUCAAGUCAUCUUGAGAUACCAGGACAGUAUACUUGGGAAUACAAUGCAAACUGUAAUUGUCUUACUGAAUAAUAUUGUUGCUAACAAAAGUGUGAACAUGGUGCCACUCUUUCAAGAAGGACUGACUCAUCACGUCUGUAAUCUCCUGACAGAAGCUGUGGCCCUGUACUUGGAGGCAGAUGAUAAAAGGAACACCAAGACAGCGAAUGUGCUGCUAGGGUCCUUACUUGACAUUUUGCAAUAUGUGCUGACAUAUACAGCAAACAUUGUGCGCCAGACUUUGCAGGCACAGAAAUCUGGGGCAGGAGGAGACACGCAGGCUGCUGAAGACCUUCUGCUUAUCAAUAAACCCCUGACGGACCUGAUUAGCCAGCUUAUUCAACUGCUUCCCAGUGAAGAUACUGAAAUAUUUUUGAGUGCCUCACAGAGCUUAUUAUUGCUGGUUCAGCUGUAUGGAGGGAGCAAUGAGGAGAGUAUGUCUCCAGAAAACAUGGACAGCUUUGCUGAAGUACUGAAGUCCAAAGAAGAUCCACGAGAACUUAAGCUUUUGUUGAAAAUUGUUAAGAGACUGAUAACUUCAAACAGGAAGCACUUGGAGAGCCUGAAGAAUGAUGGUGAUGCUCUUAUCCAGGCUCUGGAGAGCCUGGUCCAAACUGCCAGCUCUGACGUUGACAGUGCUGUUGUUCCCUUGGCAUUUGAAAUUCUGAGAGCGGUGGGACACGAAAAUACCAAGACUCCCAAGUGAACAAUUUUUGACCAGCCUUCUGAAAUGUGCAGGUGACUGCCUUGGCUGUUCAUCUUAAGGGGUCGCCUCAUGCUUGUGACUGGCACUAGAAAAUACCUUUUUAUCAAGACAGACAAUAUUGUUCACCUCAAGCAACCAAUACCAGCCACUGUGAUCACACAGAGCCUGUGUGUGGGGCAUGAGAGGAUAGAUUUUACCCGGUUUUCUACGCACAGCCUUGUACUCGCUAGCCCCUCCUUUGCCUAGCACUGCUCAGCUUAAGCUACAAGGGUGGAGUGUUGUUCUCAGCUGCCAACGCUCCUGGCUGCAGUUGAGAACAGGUGUGGUGAUGACCCUGGCAGUUUGUCAAACCCCCAGUAAAAGCUGGUACCCUAGAAAAGGUCCUCAGUGUGUGUAGAGUUAAAUUCUUCUCCACAUGUGCUGCGGCUGAUGUCUGUCAGUUUGUCAGUGCAUCCACCAAGCACACGUGCCUGUGACAGCUGCUGCUACACCCCUGCUCUGACAGCCCCAUUACCCAGAGUGUGUGGAUGCAAGCAAACAGCCCCACGCAACCAGAUUUCACCUUGUAUCUUACAGGAAUUGUUUUCUUACAUUGCUUCAAAUAUUGCUAUCUUUCAGCUGGAGUUACUAGAAAGAGGGAAGAGUGAAGUGCUGGCUAUUAUUUGGGGUAGUGUUUUACAGUAAGAGUUGAAGAGCCAAGUGUGGCUGAGAGGAACAAAGCUGAAUUCCUUGUGUGAGCCCUCUCCUUCUGCAGCAGAAGGGGAAGCAGGCUGGUGUGGCUCCCUUCAGCUCACAGCAUCUUGAGCCAGGAGCCUCUGCAGCAAAGCCUGCUCUGAUCUCUGGCUGGCAAACUGCUGCCUGCAGUGGAUGUGCCUGGAGUGCUGCUCCCAGAGCUGGUGACAGCUGCACGGUGCACACGUGCAGCCUGCGGCUGAACCGGCAGCCUCAGAACCACUUUGUCCCCUUGCAGUCACACAGGUGCUGCCUCAAGGGAAGCCAGUCACACACAGGUCUUGUCUUGCACAGCAGCUGAACACUGAGGACACCUGAGAAGGGCUUUGAACCAGCUGAGGGCUUGUGUGCAAAGGAUCUUUCCCUGUCCCUUAGUGCUGAGGAGCAGCUGAGGCUGCUCACCCUUAGUGAAGCCCAGAGAGAAGUGGGGCUGGCAGGCCUGGCACCAGUGGAGUUGCCUCACAUCUGGCUAUGCCUGCCCCACGCCAAGGACCCUGCCAAGGCAAAGCAGGGGCAGCCUGGUGCCUUGGAGGACUGCAGCAGGAAACCUCCAGGCUAUGAAGGGUAACUAUGCCAGAGUGGGAGCAAAGAGGUAAACUAUUCUUGUCUCCCACCACUAAAGUGGUUGUGCAAGUGCAGGACUAUUUCUGAACACACAAAUAUAUUUUGUGAUCUGAAAUAAUUUGACACAG